GGCUGUAUCGGCUGCUGCCGCCGCCGCAGUUCCAGCACGUCGCCCGCGGGGAGUCAGGCCGACAGCCAUGCCGGGACUGCUGCUGGGGGACGAGGCCCCCAACUUCGAGGUGGACACCACGCACGGCCGCAUCCGCUUCCACGACUUCCUGGGAGACUCAUGGGGCAUCCUCUUCUCUCAUCCCCGUGACUUCACUCCCGUCUGCACCACUGAGCUGGGUCGAGCAGCAAAGCUGGCCCCUGAGUUCAAAAAGCGCAACGUUAAAAUGAUAGCCCUCUCUAUUGAUGACGUUAGUGACCAUCUCGCCUGGAGUAAGGACAUCAAUGCUUACAAUGGUGAUGAGCCCACAGAGAAGCUCCCCUUUCCCAUAAUUGCUGAUGCAAAGCGGGACCUUUCAAUCCAGCUGGGCAUGUUGGACCCAGAUGAGCGGGACAAGGAUGGCAUGCCGCUGACGGCGCGUGUGGUGUUUGUUUUCGGCCCAGAUAAGAAGCUGAAACUGUCAAUCCUCUACCCAGCAACCACUGGCAGAAACUUCGAUGAGAUCCUAAGAGUAGUGGAUUCCCUGCAGCUGACUGCAAAGAACAAGGUUGCUACCCCAGUGGACUGGAAGCGUGGAGACCGUGUCAUGGUUAUUCCCAGCGUGCCAGAGGAUGAGGCCAAAAAGCUGUUUCCUGAAGGAAUCUUCACCAAGGAACUCCCGUCAGGCAAGAAGUAUCUCCGUUACACCCCGCAACCUUAGAGCAAGUCGCUGCCAGCAGAGAUACCAGACUGCCAAUCAUGUGGUUUUUAGCAGAGCCGUUCACCUUGGGAUGGGAAGGACAGAGGCUGCUCCAGGGAGUAGUUGUCAGACCAGUUAAACUGACAGCUGCCGUGCCUGGUGUUAGCUUCUCAGGGAGCCUUCCUGGGGCUGGCUCAGAGUUGAUUAGAGUCAUGGCAGAUGCUGGUUCUGGUAAGCCAUGUGAUCAGCAGCCUUGUAUUAUCUGCUUGAAACCAGCUGGGCAGCAGCAGUACAAUAUGAAAUUCUUGAUAAUUCAUCCACUUGGUACUCACCCUCCACACACCUUUAUAGCUAGAAAAUUGAAAUGUGCUUCUCCACUGGAAACUGCUAAUAUAUGGAAGAGGAUGAUGGAUUUGUAAUAGUGAUGAACGCUUGUUCUCAUGGGUCUCUCCUAUUUUAAUAUUGGUGCUGGGGCAGGAUGGAAACACUUCAUGCUUCAAAAGAAAGAUCCCAUCCUACAAUGAGACGCACCCCUGCAAAUAAUGAUUCACAAUGUGACAAAGAUUAUCAAAGUAGCUACAGCUGGGCUGUGAGAAUUGCUGAAUAAGCAGCCAAAAUUGGAUGGGGUGGUAGCUCAUGGAAUUGUCCAAGCUGCCAUGUGCCUUUAGAACUAAAAUUACUCUAACUUGUUAAUCAAAAACUUGCCUUUGACAAGUUUGUUACCAAAGCCGAUGCUGCAUUAGAGGAGCUGUAGGCGCAUCUGUAGCGACAUGGCUUUAUUGUAGACCUGUCUUUCUCAUGGGGUUUUUUGCUUAGAUAGUUGACGAUUUUUUCUUUUUGGAGGGGGGAGUUCAACAAAUAAAGCAGCAUUUACCAGAA